GGUGGGGCCCGGCGAGCGCCGCCAGCACGUAUGAAAAUCCAUGGACAAUUCCAAAUAUGUUGUCAAUGACAAGGAUUGGCUUGGCCCCAGUUUUGGGCUAUUUGAUUAUUGAAGAAGAUUUUAAUGUUGCACUAGGAGUUUUUGCUUUAGCUGGACUCACUGAUUUGUUGGAUGGAUUUAUUGCUCGAAACUGGGCCAAUCAAAAAUCAGCUUUGGGAAGUGCUCUUGAUCCACUUGCUGAUAAAAUACUUAUCAGUGUGUUAUAUGUUAGCUUGACCUAUGCAGAUCUUAUUCCAGUUCCACUUACUUAUAUGAUAAUUUCAAGAGAUGUAAUGUUGAUUGCUGCUGUUUUUUAUGUCAGAUAUCGAACUCUCCCAACACCGAGAACACUAGCUAAGUAUUUCAAUCCUUGCUACGCUACUGCUAGGUUAAAACCAACGUUCAUCAGCAAGGUGUUUCACAGCUUUCACCACAGCCGCAUCAGCUUACAGUUAUUACCAUUACGGUCGGAAAACUGUGCAGGUGAUAAAAGACAGAUGAAGGCCACCUGUCACGUUAGCAAGGAGGCGGUAGACGUCGGCGGUGGCGGCGGCGCCGGCGGAAACCUACAGGCGCUUCCCUGUGCUGGUGCUGCGCUCGCAGAGGGACUCGCCAGAGCGAGCCGUGCCGUCGGCGCUGCGCAGUGUGCGCCGGAGAGAAGCUCGAUCACGGGCCUACGCGGAAUUUCCAAAUGUAUUUUUAAAUACAAGUAAAACUGUCAUUUAGAAUUUUUAAUCUUAGAUUUCUUGAUUAAUUUAUAAGAAAUUAAUUAUUACUCUCAGUCUUUUUUAUAUUUUUUUAAAAACAGCCCAGCAUGGAAACCGAAGAGUUGGCACCCCUAAGUAGACUGUAGAUUGCUCACAAGCCCCUAGCGAAUUUCCUGGGAGUAGGUAGGCAUCCUACACAUCUCCUACCCAGCGUGGCCGCGGGUGGUUGUGUGAUUUUUAAAUCUGUGCGGCAGCAGUUUGUGUGGUUACUACUUGGUCAUGUAGAAUAAUGGGAACAAAGUUAGCUUAGCUGUGGGUGAAGUAAAGACACUGAAAACGUAAGAAGUUGGAAAAUGAGUAAGAUAACCCGGACAGAGGUAUUGAAAUCGCGUCCAGCCUCUCGGGUGCCUAACAGUCCCACACCCGAGGUGGCGGGGGGCGGAAGUGAGAGGAGCGGCCGUGGGCCUGUGCUAACUCCCACAGUCCCUGCGUUUCCGACCCAGCAGCGUUUCCGUGAUACUGGAAGCUGUACACAUACGUUCUGUAAAUAAUAUGAAACUGUGUAUUUUUCAAAAGUUUUUUAAACUUUGGAGAUCUUUUGUUAAGAUGUUAAAGAAAUAAAACUGCUGGAAAAACA